AUGCCUCGGGAGGCCAAGCAUGAGAACUUAAAAUCACGUGCAGCUUUCAAAUUACUUCAGGUGGAUCAGAAAUUCAAGAUCUUCCAGAGUUCCGAAGGCAGAGCACUCAAUGUAGUUGAUUUAGGAGCUGCGCCUGGUGCUUGGAACCAAGUUGCAUUAGAAAAAUGUCCUAAAGGCUCGAAAAUCCUAGGUGUUGAUAUACUUCCAUAUCAGCCACCUAGAGGUGUUUCGUCAAUGCAGGCUAACAUUCUAAGUAGGCGAACUCAUGAAAUGAUAAGGAGUUUCUUCGGCUCCGCUGAGAAGGAGCGCCAUUCUGAUGCCUUGAAGGACGUGGAGAUCACAACUAAUACAGGAGAUACUAUUAUAGUAAAGGAGAAUUCCAUGAUGGGAGCACAAUUAUCUGAGACCAAUAAUGAAUCCGAUGAUAGUAAAGAUGACAAUUCUUUGAAUAAGACACCUAUAGAUGUGGUAUUAAGCGACAUGUAUGCACCAUUUGUUCAAAUUUCAGGCUUUGCUAAUGCAACUACUAACAAUCCAUAUUUUAGGAUGGCUAAUACGUCAGGUCUUGUUGUCAGGGACCAUGAAAUGUCCAUGGAUCUUUGUGACGCUGCGCUCAUAGUGGCUAUCAACUUAUUAAAGCAAGGCGGCUGCUCUGUAAUGAAGUUUUUUAGUGGGGAAAGAGAUAAGUACUUAGAACAGCGGUUGCAGAUGGUUUUCCAUAAAGUGUACAGAUACAAGCCUACUGCUUCCAGAAGUGAAUCUAGAGAGUGCUAUUUUGUCUGCCUCAACAAGAAGGCGGAUUAUAUAGACAAAUUAAAGGUAUUUUCUAGUGCCUGA